CGCUCGCCAGUAUCCCAGGCUGCUCCGCGCCCAGAGCAGUUGGGAAUCGCCGCCACCGCGCACGCGCAGGCUUCCGCUCUCGGCGCCUGCGGCCGUUCGCAGUAAUUUUUUUGCCCCUUCUCUUCCUCUCCGCAAUCCGUCGGGUUGUGCGCCCAUCUCGCCCGCAAUCAUGACGGUGGGUAAGAGCAGUAAGAUGCUUCAGCAUAUCGACUACAGAAUGAGGUGCAUCCUUCAGGAUGGGCGCAUCUUCAUCGGAACCUUCAAAGCGUUCGACAAACACAUGAACCUUAUUCUAUGUGAUUGUGAUGAGUUCAGGAAGAUCAAGCCAAAGAACUCAAGCAGCCUGAGCGGGAGGAGAAGCGGGGUUCUUGGACUGGUCUUGCUUCGUGGUGAAACACUGGUUUCCAUGACAGUGGAAGGACCUCCUCCAAAAGACACUGGAAUUGCUCGUGUGCCUCUUGCUGGCGCAGCCGGAGGUCCUGGUAUUGGUCGGGCAGCAGGUCGUGGUGUCCCUGCUGGAGCACCAUGCCCACAGGCUCCAGCUGGGUUGGCAGGUCCUGUCCGGGGAGUAGGAGGACCAUCUCAGCAGGUGAUGACACCCCAAGCACGUGGAACCGUUGCAGCAGCCGCAGUUACGUCAAGUAUCGCGGCAGCACCUCAGCAAUAUGCACCAGGCCGCGGAGGCCCCCCGCCAAUGGGCCGAGGAGCACCCCCACCAGGUAUGAUGGGCCCUCCUCCUGGUAUGAGGCCGCCUAUGGGACCACCUAUGGGAAUGCCUCCUGGCCGAGGAGCACCAAUGGGAAUGCCACCAGGAAUGAGACCACCACCACCAGGAAUGAGAGGUCCUCCACCGCCCAGUAUGCGUCCACCAAGGCCGUGAAAAUGAAACCAGGACGAUGUCAUGGUUGACAAAUUAUACUCAUCACAUUUGUUCUUGAGGAUGUGGUGUCCUGAGCAAAGACUUUUCCAGAUCUUGCUGUUGUAACAGCUGGUGGUUGCAAUGCAAUCACUGAAAUUUCUGGGACUUUUAUUAGUAGAAUGGCAAAACAGUAGCCCGGUUGGAAUUUGUGUCUGAUUUGUAUUGUAAUAUUUUACAUUUUUAUUAAAAUGUUUGAGUAAAGUGA